GAGAGUUCUGUGCUUCUUUCAUUGCUCCAUCCGGGAACUUUCGAAUUAGCAUUGACAGCCGAAGCGCAACUUUUCCCGAGGCAAUGUGAAAUCAAGCCGCGGACUCGGACAAAAUAUAGUCCUCUAUUUUCAACUCGCAAUUAUCGAAAGAAAAAUAUUUUGACCCACCGGAUUGUACAUGUCUGUGCCGCGCUCAUUUAGAAGUGGAUCUGUCCAGGUGCUGAAAUCUUUCCGCAGUCUUCUGAGCACUUUGCUCACCGGCGUAAAGUCAGUGAUGAGUCCUGCUCCCAGUAAAGAAGCAAGAACUUGCUUUGCAGGCUGAGUAGUUCUUCUUUCGAUUGUUAUUGUCGCUUUUUAAAAUAUUCUUUAUUUUUCGGAAACUUAGCCUCGAUUACCUCCAAAGUAAUCGAAAAGUGCUUUGGGAGUCGGGAAAUGGAACUACAAGGCCUACAAGAGGCGUUGAAAGUUGAAAUCCAGUGUCAUCAGAAACUAGUUGCACAGAUGAAGCAAGACCCACAGGAUGGGGAGCUUAAGAAACAACUACACGAAAGGCAAACAAGAAUAACAGCCCUUAGCGAAAAACAAAAGCUGGCUGUGAGGGGCUGUCCCGUGGGGAACUCCAAGCCCCUCCCCCUCAUCAAGCCGCCCGGCCAGAGCAUAGCCAUCUCCGUGGUGCCGGCCAAGGCUCCCGUCUCCAUGGUGACCGCGCACAUCAACGGGCAGAAGGCUCUGGGGGCCGAGCCGCUGCAGAUGGCCCCCAUCAACCUGCAGACGGCCGGCAGGGUGUCGGGGGCCGGGGGCCACGGCGGGGGCCGCGGGCUGAGCAGGAGAGCCGCGGAGCCUCUUCAUUCACAGAUGCUGGGAACCCUCACCUCUGUCCCCCUAAAGGUGCCUCAGGUCAGCUCUCUGCACCGGUUGGCCAUUCAGGCCCCCACCGUGCUACCUCAGGUCAGGCCAAAGACGUUGAUCCCAGACAGCCUUCCUCACAGCCCGAGUCAGGAGCAGGCCCUUCGGCCGCCGGGCCUGCAGAGGGUGACGGCGGUGGUGAGCCCCCGGACGGGGGGCCCCGCCCUCCCCACGCCCAACAGCACGGCCGGCCCCCUGCCGCUGGCCAAUGGGCAGCCGGAGCCCGUCUCCGCCUCCAUCAGCAGCGCGGGCGUGGCCUACGCCAUCAUCUCCGCCUCGUCCGCCGCCGCCAGCGAGGCCGUCAAGGUCCAGCCCCUGCUGCUCAGCGCCGACAGCAAGGUGAUCAUAAUCCAGCCGCAGGCGCCUGGCAGCUCCCACGCCUCGCCCCAGCCACAGCCCAACAGCCCCGUCCGGGAUGCCAUGCCCUCCCCCUCCCCCUCCCCCUCCCCUCCAGCCAAAAAGAAGAGAGAGGAGGACCCUGAGAAAAUUGCCUUCAUGGUGGCGCUCGGGCUGGUCACAACAGAGCACCUGGAAGAAAUCCAGAGCAAGAGGCAGGAGAGGAAGAGAAGAAGCACAGCCAACCCGGCCUACAGCGGCCUGUUCGAACCCGAGCGUAAACGCCUUGCUUCACAUUACCUGAGCAGCCCCAUGUUCCUGUCAGCCCGAGACACUGAGGAUCUUUGCUGGAAGGAGGACUCGGAGCGUGAGGAGAUCUGUGCCGUGUGCAAAGAGGACGGAGAGCUCCAGCCCUGCCACAGCUGCGCCCGCGCCUACCACCCCGACUGCCUGCAGCCCCCCCUCAAGACCCCACCCAAGGGGCCCUGGAUGUGCCCCAAAUGCCAGAAGAAGGUACUAAACAAAGACCUAUCGUGGCCCCAGAGCUUCAUUCAGUCUUACAUGACACACAAAACAGUGCGGGAGGAGGAGAAGAGGAGGCUGAUGAGGAGGAACGGCGAGCUGAAGGAGGAGUGGGCGGCGCUGGACGAGCAGGACGCGAGGCUGAGCCACGCCAUCACGGAAUGCAUGGAGCUGAAGGAGAGCCUUCUGGGACGGCAGAGGGACACCCAGGCCUCCCUGGAGCGCCUAAAAGCCCUGGUCCGGCUCAUUCAGAGGGACCAGGUCAUCCAGGUCACCAUGACGGCCACCACCACCACCGGGGCCUCCCUGCUCUCCUUGCCUUGGAUCAAACCCGCCGGCGCGUCUGCGUCGCCCCCUGCUGCCACCGCACCGCUACUGCAGAAAAGCGUGCCCCACACCCAAGGCAACAACUGAUCCCCCCCCCGACACUCACACACAGCCCUCCUGAACCGACUGGCCCCCUUGCCAAAUUCUUGGCUCACUACCCUUUUGCGUAUACUCCAAAAUAAAAACAAGCUUACAAAAGUUUUUUUUUUUUUUUUUCCUUUUUAAAUGUUUGAUGGACAAUUGAAAAGGUAUUCAUUUAGUAAAGGAAAAAAACAUUCAACCAAUGAGGAGGCUUCAGGAACCUUCGUGGCCAAACGAUAUAUCCCACACAUGGUUCCAGACAAGUAUUUUAUAAACCCAACACCUUCAGUGCUUACAAUAUUUUUUUUACUAAUUGUUUUUUUAUUUAUGAAUAUUCUUGGCCUUAAUGUAUUUAUGAAUAAUAAUGCCUGUCCCGGAUAUAUGGAAAAAAAUAAGUAUUCUGUGAGGCGAGCAAAGAUUUGUUUUUUUUUUUAACAAUAAUAAUUGUUCGGCAUAUAAGGGGGGAGAACUUUAGCAACUUGUUGUAGUAGUCAGAGAAAUGAAAAUAAUAUAAAAUUGAAAAGGACUGUACAUUGAUAUAUCCAAGUACUUGUUAUGAUACUUGUUCUUAUCCUCCUAUGAACAAUGUUCGCCAUAUUAAUUCAGGUGAAAGUGGGGAAGGGGAAAUUUUUUCAUUGUGUAUGUAUGAAUCUUAUGAGCCUUCAAAACAAAACAGAGAAUAACUUUUUUCAGUAUUAAUAUAGUUGAGAUCAAAAAAGUAUUUAAAAAAAAGAAGACAGAAUUUAGCAUUUCUAGUGGAGAAUUUAGUAUUUUCAUGCCGAUGCCUGUUGAUAAAGCGAAUGGAGGUAGCGAAGGAGGGUUUGCUGUACAGAUGUUGUAUUGUUCUUGCAGGUCCUUCCGUCUUUUCUUUCGGCCGUUUAGGAAUCACGCAGCUGCCGGCUGGAGCUCUUAUGACCGGUGCAGCUAAACACAGACGUUUUUUUUUUUUUUUUUACGGUUUUUUUGUGUUCUUAUAAGUGCGUGAUUCUCUGUCCAUUACCUCCUAUCACCAGUAUAGAGAUUAUGCCAAAAAAAAAUUCUUAACAUUUUUGUACUGGGACCUCCGUCGUCUUUGCAGAUUCUUUCCCCUUAUAAUUUUCCCUGCCUACCUGUUUUUUUUUUUUUUGUUUUUUGUUUUUUGCUUCAGUAAGUGAGAUGUUAUUAUCGCUGAGCUAAGUGUCUAAGUGAUUUGAAGGAUAUUUUUUUUUUGUGUGUCUACUAUACAUUGCAAAUGAACACUGCCUCAAUGUAGGACUAAGUGAAACCUCUAAGGUUCUCUUAUAGGCUAUACUUAAAUACAUACAUAUAAGUUACACACACAUAGAUAUAAAGAGAGAGAAAAAAACCUGUUCCGGAUUUUACUCAGUGCAGUUAUCCAAUUAACCGCCAGAAAGCGGUGUCUCUCACUCUAAAUGGACCCCCUGUGGUGGGACGUGCUUGACAACUAAAGC